UUUCAGCGUCAUAUGUUCAUUUUGGGGCGUGACAGACUUAGUUUUGUAUGCCGCUUGAAGGUGUUGGCAAAAGUACUGUACUAGUGCACCUUGUACCCAUGUCGGGCCGAAUUGUCAAUGUUUGUUGACAGGGUCCAUCCCAUCAUGAGCAUGUCACAUGACCACAGCCACCAUGUCCACCAAGGCUCGAUGGCUACCAUGCCUCCUGCAGUCACAGGCUCCCAUGGCGGUGGUCAUGGCGAAGGUGGUGGCGGCAAUCACGAGAUGAUGAUGAUGAUGCAAAUGACCUUUUACUUUGACUACAGAAAUGUGGAGCUCCUAUUUUCUGGCCUUGUGAUCAACAGCCCUGGAGGGAUGGUAGGUGCCUGCAUCGUCAUUUUCCUGAUGGCCGUGUUCUACGAGGGGCUGAAGAUUGGCCGGGAAUACCUGCUCCGCCGGAACCAAGUCAGCGUGCGCUACAACUCCAUGCCCGUGCCCGGCCCAGACGGUACCGUGCUCAUGGAGACGCACAAGACUGUGGGCCAGCGGAUGCUGAGUCUAGCCCACCUGCUGCAGACGGCUUUGCACAUCAUCCAAGUGGUGGUCAGCUACUUCCUCAUGCUGGUCUUCAUGACUUUCAAUGGUUAUCUGUGCAUCGCAGUGGCUGCCGGGGCCGGCGUCGGCUACUUCCUGUUCAGCUGGAAGAAGGCGGUGGUGGUGGACAUCACAGAGCAUUGUCACUGAUCUGUCUCGAGCCCUUUUUAGCAAACACAAAGUACACACACUUUGAAACAAUGUCUUUCCCUCGGUUUAAUUCCAGCCAGCAAAGUCAGUGCUUUGCCACACUUUAAUAUAAAAAGGACCGUAAUACAAUGAUUUUAACUCUGACGUGGCAUGCUCUAUGUUCCGUAUGAUUUGGUUGUUAAUAUAUCAAGGCCAUGCUGUUUUUAAAGUUGUCUCUCGCAAAGUAAUGUCUGCCCAUAAUCUGGACUGUCCCAAUGCAACUUUGCGAAUGGGGGCCAAAAUUUCAACACCACCUGCCUUUCCUUCAUGAGUUCCAGUGGGCUCUCUUCUGCUAGCCAACAAGGCACUGCCAUCAUUUCCAAGUCUGUAGAGCCAAACUACAUGCCCCUUGAGUCUAAUGUGCCAUUCCUGAACCCCCCGCCCCCCAUGCAUUGUUGAAAUGGUAUAGCCUGGGAAUGAGUGCAUAACCUUCUGUUGGCUUACAGUUACACAGUCGAGCACUAUAGUUACUGCAUCUAUUGUUCUUAAAUCUGAGUAUGUACCUCAGCCAAACAAGCGCUCAGACUUCAGGCCAUACUGCUUUUUGGGCUCAUGCCCAUUCUUACCAUGUGCUGUGCCCUGUAGGGAUGGGGGACGAGUGACUAUGAGCCUUACUAAGCCCUAUGCCUUAAAUAAGGGAACACAUAACCAGCUGUACUCACUGUAGUUGCCUGGAAUGUGUGACAACCAGUGUAGUAUAAACACUGUGUGUAACAAUGGUUAUUUCCUGGUUGGUUUGGCUAUCCAGUAAAGGCUGUACUGGCAAUUCCCCUCCCCCCACCAAUACACCUGAGUUACAAUGCAAGGAAAAAUGUGAAAGUUGGCUCAUUAUUCUCUUGUCAGCUGAUAUGUCUCUGAUGUGCUAGAGCAGACAUUGGGCAUUGUUGAGUUAGCACAGGGAUUGGUUUGAUUUCCAAACUUGGAUUUGGUUGGCUGCAGUCAGCCUGGGUAUUUUGUGACUGAAAAGUGUAAGCUGUCAUUUCAUACCUCAGUGCGUGACAAACUAGAGUUUUUAUACCACAAAAGACUCAGCCUUGACUAAGUUGAACUGAAAAAUUGAUCAUUAUUUAUAUUGGUACUGAUAUCUGUGUAAUGCUAAAAUUCGCUUGAACGUGGUCGCACUGCAGUUGCAGUCUUGUAAUGUAAGGUGUGAUCUGUUUCGGCCUUUCCUCGGUUUUGAUGUUAACUGGACAAUCUUGGUUUGGGUUUAGCCAGCAUACAUUACUUCAGUUUACUACAAUUCAGAGCCAGUGUUGCGCAUAUAUUGGCACAAAUCCCAGUUACCUUCAGUUAAUUCAGACAAAUGCUUUACUUAUAAUGGUGCAGUCUUCUGACAUCAUGGCUUGUGGACAAACAACGCAAGGGCCUCUAUGUGGCAUUUUAGAGGGAAGGGUUUGCUGACUUAGGAACACUAUUUGUAGCAGUGUCAUCUAAUCGAGCACUAAAGUCUCAAGGUGGACCAGGACAGUACAGACCUUCUUUGCACCCCCCCAGUACUCGAUUCUGGGGAAGUUUUAGUGGGCGGGGAUUGAGGGUAGUAGCUGUUUGUCUUAAGUUGAACUUGGACAAAAAGUAUUUUUUUUCUUUUAAUAAUUCUAUAUUUUAGUCUUUAAAUAUCGGCUGUUAAUUUUAUAUUUGCCUGACAGUUAUGUCAUGUUGGAUCAGCAUAUUCCUGUUUUGAUUUAUUUUCAGGAGGCUUUAUUUUCCUUCCUAUCGAAGAAACUGAGGUAGAGAUGACAGCAACUUCAAUAUUCCUGCUCACGGGAAUGUGUAUCACUUGUAGUAACGUACUGAGACUCGCUCAGAAAACAGUGUAGGCUUAUAGAACUCCUACCUCUGUGGUUUAUUUACAAUUGAAGGAUGAACUAAACUGACAGUCUCAUGGUGUACGUAGAGAGACUUUAGCAGUGCUUGUGAAGUGUUGCAAAUUUUGAAUGCAGUUGUCCUCAAAAAUGGUAAUAAAUGAAUAGUAAUUGCAGAAA